AUGGCGGAUGAUCCAGAUUUCACAGUAGAGCUAGACCUUACGAAUUUUCCCUCCUACGGCUGGCCAGACUACAACAGUUUCAUUGAAGACAUUCGCCGACAAUUGCCCGUCCGAUACUCUCAUAAUCGCCCUGUGCUUACCCCUGAAUCGCAGCCACCAUCUCACUGGUUCCAUGUCGUAUUGCGAACUUCUGAAAACUACGCUGUGAGAUUCGCCAUGCGAGCAGACAACCUCUACCUGGUGGGCUACCGGUUCGAGAAUUCUCAACAAUGGUUCGAGUUCACCGAAACCGUCACAAGGGAAGAUGGUUCUCGGGAAAUUGUACAGCUCAUUGACGAAUCCACACUCCUAGGCUUCAGCGGGGGGUACAAUGCUUUGCUGAGAGCUGCCGAAACCGAAUGGACAAGUAUAGGAGUAAAUUUCACCGACGUCCAACAAGCUGUGGCGAAUCUCAACACCGACAACGGCCAGCAAAGAGCAAAAUCGCUGCUAAAAAUAAUUAUAAUGAUCAGUGAAGCCAUUAGAUUUGAAGAACUCAGACAGUUUAUAUCCACAAAUUACAACACUGCAUCAGCAACAGUCACUCCCGAGCAUCAAACCCUGGUGCGCAGUUGGGGAAACCUAUCUGGCCGACUCCUGCGUGCCGACAUCGACCCCGACUUGUAUUACUUUCGACUCCCGGCGAACAAUACUCUGCCCAUACAAACGGCUGAGGAAGCAGCUGCUGCACUUGGCAUCAUCAAGGAUUGUGUCGCAGUACGCCAAUCUUCGACGUUCCAAAGGGUUUCUCGUGCGGCGAACCUUUACGGGGAACCACUGGUGGAGGUGUUCUCGGUGAGUAUCAAAACCUCCGGCGGAGAGAUCGGCCUCUACGGCAUGGUCACCGUCACCGACGGUCUGAAUUCUCAGUACAUGUAUGACAGGCUCAGAGAGGAUCCCGAGUCCAUUUAUUCAGGUGAUACUAUUACGUUGACCGGACCGGCUCGAAGCAUCUCUGCCUAUGACAGCUUCACCAUCGCUGUAGAUCUCAUGGACGAAAACGCAGAUGCGUCCACUGAUGAAGUCUCCUAUGGGCAACUCUCUUGGAAUGUUUUCGUGACAGCGAAUGAGUACGACACGCCCUUGAAGAAGGAUGUUGAAGGCAAGGGAGGCUCGGUAACAAUAAGCUAUAUAGUGUUAAGCAACGCUGUACAGGCCAAUGUGGAGAUUAUCCUCAUAAACGGAGAUGGGAAAGAUCCUGCCCAAAUUUUUGGAAUUGUGACUGCUGCCAGCGACCAAUUUUCUAAUUAUGAAAGUAUGCUCAAGAUAUUGAUCAAGUAA